AUGCUAUCUUUACUUGGAAGAUUACUUCAAUGCAAUCUUUUUUUAUACCGCUCAGAUGAGAGUUGGAGAGUUUGGGAAAAUGUUCUUUCUUUCUUUCUUUCUUUCUUUCUUUUACUUUUGAGUUCAUUCAUACCUCCCCGUUCUAUAAAAGCGAGCGUGUUUCUUUCCAGUCAACUUCGUUUCGUUCCGGUUCGUUUUCUUUCUCUCUUUCUUUCUUUCUUUUUAUGUCCUUUGCUGCGGAAGGAUGCUGUUCAUAUCUAUCUAUCUAUCUAUCUAUCUAUCUCAGGCAGUUCAUAUCUAUCUAACGAUCGAUCGAUCGAACUGUCUGCCUAUCUAUCUAUCUAUCUAUCUAUCUAUCUCUGGCUGUUCAUAUCAAUAUAUCUAUCUAUUUAUCUAACUAUUUAUCUAUCUAUCGCCAUUUUUAAUAUCUCUAUCUCUAUUUAUCUAUCUAUUUAUUUAUCUAUCAAUCUAUCUAUUUCAAGCUGUUCAAAUCUAUCGAAAAUAUUUCACAUCUGUCUAUUUCAAAUUUUAUAUCUAUUUAUCUAUCAUAGUCUAUUGAAAUCUAUCUAUCAUAGUUUGUUCAUAUCUAUCUAUCUAUCUAUGUCUAUCGAACUCUCAACACUCAAAAGAAUUUAG